CCGCGCGCGUAUCACCAUGGUCCAGGGGGGAAACCGCCCAGAUGUAUGACUGCCGGGCGGUUGACGAAAUUGUGAAUCCGAUUAUUACGGCGGAGGAGCUUUAAGAUCCCGACAUCCGACAUCGACGCAUGCAACGCCAAUAAACAAUAAAUACACAGAGGGAGCGGAGCCGUUUGCGUUUCUUAAGGAAGAUACCCCUUAAUUAUUUAACGUGCGAUCAUCAUACAAAAAAAAGAUCCAUCAGACGAGGGGAAGAAAAAGAUCUCACAGAGAGGGAGAGAGGGAGAGAGGGAGAGAGAGAACGGAAGAUAGCAAAGAUGGGGAGAUCUUCGACGAUCUCGUGCUUCAAGUUUAUGACGUGCAGCGGCGAUGUAGCUGGCGGCGACAAUCCCGCAUCGGUGGAGGUCCGGGCCGUGCAAGUGUUUGAUGAACUCCAUUUUUGCUGGAUAGUCCGCAUGUUUGGGGGUGAAAAGGGCGAUCUGUUUGGAUCUAAGUAUUUCUAGAGCAAAGCAUCGCUGGAUAAAGGGAGGUGGAGUUUCCGAAAGAGAUCCUCUAGGCACUCUGUGAUCUCAGAACCUGGUUUGAACACGAAUAUACCAGAAACCAUGACUAAUAACUUCGACUCUGGAAAGGAUUCACCUCUUCCGGAAAGCCCGCCCAUACUAGAAGAGAUAAAUGAAAAACCCCUAUUAUCAGCUGCAGUUAAUUCAGAAGUAGCUGACACAGUAUAUUUGUCUGUGCCACAAAGCCCCCCUGGGCUAGAACAGACAAAUGAAACACCUCCAAUACCAGCUGUAAUUGUUCCAGAAGUAUCUGAUGUGCUGCUUGCUGCUGAAGUUACAACCACCAUUGAUAACAAUUUCCAGGAAGAUGUUGUUACCGUCAUCCAGGCUGCUAUCAGGAGAUACUUGGCUCAAAAAGAACUUGAAAGACGUAAGAAUCUUGUCAAGUUGCAAGCUGCUGUACGUGGUCAUCUUGUCAGGAGACAAGCUGUGGGAACUUUGCGAUGUGUACAAGCCAUUAUCAAAAUGCAAGCACUUGUGCGGGCUCGCCAUGCACAUCGGCUAGAGGAGAAGUUUGCUGCAGGAGAGAAGCUUGAUGAGAAAAUCCAGAUUAAUAGUGGCAUGAAAUCAGAUACAGCAUAUACUUCAACUGAGAAAUUACUUUCCAAUGCAUUUGCUCGUCUGCUUUUGGAGUUGAUGCCCAAGACAAAACCUAUUCAUGUCAGUUGUGAUCCUUUGAGAUCUGAUUCAUCAUGGAAAUGGUUGGAGAGGUGGAUGGUUGUGAUGUCUUCAGAAAUAGGGCAGCAGCAGGAGUUUAAUUUAGAUAAAGAUAAUCAGGGGGAGAAAGAAAAGACCAACUUUGCUGCUUCCAGAGCAGUAAACACUGUUCCUCACACUGUCGCCUCUAUAUCAUCAGAUUCAAAGUCAUCUCCUAGUAAAUCAGCAAUAGCAAUUGAAGGUAAAGGAGAUUUAAUAAAGGAAGAUUCUGCUGAAUACGAAGUUCAUAUUUCUGUAUCCAUUUCAAAUCAAAGCAACAGUUUCGUAGCAAAAGAUGACCAAGAACAGUCGCAGCACGAGAGUAAGACUUCAAGCAUGAUUGAAGAGAAUAAUGAAUCUGCAGCAUCAAUUGAAGGUGAAGUAGAUAUAAUAUAUGAAAAUUCUGCUGAAUAUCAAAUUGAUGUUCCUGUAUCUAUUCCAAAUCAAGAAAUCAGCUCUGUAGCAAAAAAAGACCAAGAGCAGUCCCAGUGUGAGAGUGAGACUUCAGGCAUGAUAGAAGAGAAUAUGAAAAGUGGGGGGUUCGAGGAGACUUUUGAUUCUACCACAAGUCAAGUACCAGCACAAUCAGAUGCAACUUCACAGUCCUUACUUGAUAACAAUUCCACCAAGCCUGGAGUUGACAUGGAAAACCAGAAGUGUGUCAUUGAAGGGGCAACCUUUGAACCACUGGAGACUCAAGGGAAAAAGUGUGCAUUGAAGUCAAGAAAGGAACUUAGUCCAGCAUUUGCUGCUGUACAAUCAAAAUUUGAGGAACUGAGCUCAGCUUCUAGUGCAAGCAGGUCUGUCGCUUAUGUUAAUCGAGGUGCUGGAGUUCAAUCUAAACUAAUUCAUCCUCGAGUUGAUUCUCUGACAAAGACUGAGGAGCAUAGCAUGAUAGAAAACUCAAUAUCUCAUGGUCCGGUUGAGAAUUCUGCUUCGGAAUGUGGCACUGAGAUAUCUGCCUCUUCUACAUCUGACUUGCCAGAAAGAUCUGGAGUUGAUGACAGGGGUAUUGCACUUAAAGUUGGAGUUUUACAGAAAGGAAAUUGUAAUUUGACUGAUGGUGCUGAUAGUGCGUUAAAUAAUGAAAUUAUGAAUUCUGACGCAAAAUUUAGUCGCACUGAGUCAGAUGUGUUAUGGCCACAAAUACUUAAGGAAAGUGAUAAAAAUUUGUCAAGUACUGAUGCUACUGUUGAUUCAAAACAGGAGGAUCAACUGCCAGCAGAGUCAACAACAUCAAGCAUUCAGAUUCAAGUUGACAAUCUGAAAGAUACACAAAUUUGUAGUUUAUCACCAGAGGGUUCUCCCAGAAGCCAUGUAACUGCUCCAGAGUCGCAUAUAACACCAUCCAGCCAGAUCUCAGCAAAAACUAAAACAAGAAAGGCAGAAAACAAUAUCCAUGCUCAAAAGCAGAGAUCUCAGUGGGCACGCAAGAACUCGUCAUCAGUUCCAAAGAAUGACUCAGGUGCAAGAAAAAGCGCGGAACAUUUGCCAAAGGAUGCAAAGAAUGCUAAAAUACAUAACUCAUUCGGGAUGGCUAAACCUGAUCACAAUGAUCAUGAGCCCAGGGACAGUGGCAGCAACACCCUCCCAAGAUAUAUGCAAGCCACUGAAUCUGCAAGGGCGAAGGUUCAUGAUAUAAUCUCUCUGAAAUCAAGCCCAAAUGUCCAUGACAAAGAUGACCACAUGAAGAAGAGACACUCCCUACCUAUUGGAGAUGUGAAGCAGGAUUCAUCCCCACACAUGCAGAGGUCAACACCACAAGCACAGCAGAAUUUAAAGACGAACAGCACCCAUUCUCCUCAGAACUCUGCUGAGAGGAGAUGGCAAAGAUGAUCAGGCCUUGUUAGUAAUUUACGAUCUAGAAGACUUAUAACAAGUUUGUUGACGUCUGCGUCGGAGUAUUGUUAUUUUUUCCUAUUGCAGUGUGGCUUCUGAUGAUGAUGAAAGUGUGGCUUAUGGCUGUAAUUUGUGGCAUGAUACAUGAUUAGGGAAAAGAGUUAUGAUUGUACACAUACAUUAACAUUGUGUGAGAGAUUUAUAUAUUUAAAUUUGGCCUUGUUUCUCAUUUGUGUGAGAUGGUAGGUAUUGAUAGCACUCAGUUGUAUACUUGUCUUAUUUAUGUAUGAACCUAAGAUGUAAUUUUUUUUCAACAGAUUAUGAAAUUUCUGGGUUUUGAUUGUAACAGAUUAGAAAAGUCUUUCUUCA